AUGAGGAAAAUUCUAAUAGGGAAUCAUCUACUAAUCGAUAUUGUAGGCAUCCUAGUCUCACACUCAAAAGAACUUCUAUCCUCUCUCAUCAUUGCAUAUGAUACAGCUUCAGAACCCUCGCGUAUCAGAGCCGUUGUUCUUUGUGAUCCACGUAAUUCAUUUUCACGAUGUUACACGAAGGAUUAUCUCGAGGCUUGUCAGAAGUUUCGUCAAGAAAGAGGCCUGCAUCUGAUUUCAGAUGAGUUUAUUUCAACGCUUAGCUCGCUUUAUCUAAGACUACUACUUGAUUCUCCUCGCCCUCCUCGCCUAAUAGAAACGAACUCUGACCACCUCACGACAUCAUACAAGCUAUUUGCAGAUAGCCCCAGCAAGUGGAAGAUAAAAUUUCUGCCUGCCAUGGAAGGAAUAUUCAUAUUUGCAAAAUUAGCUCCGGAUGCGAGAACACAGGAAGAAGCUGAUGAGAUAUUCUCGCAGCUCGCUAAAAAUGGAGUCUUCGUUAGUCUCUGA